AUGCGAUCCACAGUUCACUUCCGGUUUGUGGUGUUUCGGCCAUUCAUUGGCGAAGUAAUUGUCGGCAAAAUCAGGUCGUGUUCUCGCGAUGGAGUUCUCGUCUCUUUGGGCUUCUUUGACGACAUUCUAAUACCUCCUCAUUAUCUUCAGGACAACUCUAUAUUUGACGAGAAGGAGCAGUUGUGGUACUGGGAGUACGAGUCCAACAAACUAUUUAUGGAUAUCGGAGAGAAGGUUAGGUUUAAGGUGAAAGAGGAGGUGUUUGUGGACACAUCACCGAUCGGUCCCACAGCCGCCGCCUCCUCUGUGGUCGCUUCCGGUGAUUCCAACUCUUUGGGCGAUAAUAAGCGCAAAAUUCCGUUUUUAAUUAAAGGAACGAUAAACGAGUCCGGAUUGGGUCUCAUCUCGUGGUGGAAAGAAUGA